AUGUCUACUUCUAAAAAUGCUACAUAUAUAAGUUAUACAAUACAAAACAACUUAAUUCAGUGCAUUGGAAAAGAAAUAACUACUUUUAUAACAAAUGAAAUUAAAGAAGCAAAAUAUUACAGCAUCAUUUUUGAUGAAACGACUGAUGUUUCAGUAAUUUCCCAAAUGAAUUUUAGUGUGCGUUACUUAAAAUCUGGAAAAGUUUUUGAACGUUUUAUUUCUUUUGUUAACUGUCAUAAAAAUAUAUAUGGAGAUGAACAUGAAGAUGAUGAAGACCAGGACUUAGAAAAUAUAUCAAAACAACAAAUUGAACCUAAAUUAAGUGGAGAAUUACUAGGAACAACAGUUCUCAAUAUUUUACAUGAUUUAAAGUUAGACGUCAAUAAUUGUAUUGGUAUUUCAACUGAUGGAUGUACAACAAUGACUUCAACUAUAAAAGGAGCCGUUCAACAUGUUCAAAAAUCAGCUAAAAAUUCAGUAUACAGUCCUUGCCAUAAUCAUGCACUAAACUUAUCUAUUUCAAAAUCAUCAACAGUACAAGCCAUUAGAAAUAGUAAUAAUGUUGUAAGUUUAUGUGAAACACGCUGGGUAGAGCGGCAUGAUAGUGUUAUGCAAUUUAAAAAUUCACUACCAAAAAUUAUUGAUGCUUUAACAGAGAUAACUAACUGGGAAGAUCUGUCAUCAUCUUCUAAAGCAAAAACACUUUUAUGCUCGAUAAGUAACU